GCCCCACCCUGUGGCUAUGGAGUCUGCGGGGAGGGAGUAUGGGGGAGCUGCCCAAAGACUGGGGAAGGGGAGCCAGUGCAGGAGGUGAAGAGCAGCGGCGGCGGCGGCGGCAGGAGCCGCAGCGGCGGCGAUCUCAGCCACAGAAGCCUAAGCUCCAGCCCCAGCGCAGCAGACAGUAACCGGGCUGGAAACCGAACCGAGCCGGGCCCAACUGUGAUGCUUCCUGACGGAUGAUGUUAUAACAGUGCCUGGAAGCCAAAGGGCUGCUUUUUUAGCUGAACAUACCUGAGUUGUCCCCAUAACCAUGGAGACUGGAAAGGAUGAAGCUUCUAAGGCCAAGGGAGCAGCAGCCUCUAUGGACACCCAGGACCAACGGGCAGAGAAAGGAGCCAAGAACAAUGCAGCUGAGAUGACAGAAGAGCCAGUGUCAGAGCCACCCUCAUCUGGCCCAGGUAGGCUGAAGAAAACUGCCAUGAAACUUUUUGGUGGCAGGAAGGGUAUCUGUACCCUGCCUAGUUUCUUUGGAGGGGGGCGAAGCAAAGGUUCUGGGAAAGGCAUCUCCAAGAAGGGUCUUAGCAAGAGCAAGACCCACGAUGGCCUGACUGAAGCAGCCCAUGGCCCUGAAGACAGUGUCAGUGAAGGAACCAGAUUUGCCUUACCUUUGCCUGAAUCACCUUGCCAACUUCCCAGUUCUCAGAGUGCCCAUGGGGUUUUGGAGACAGGCUCCAAAAGCAAAACAUCUGUGGCUGGAGCGACAGACAAAGCUGGGGCUGAGAAGGUUCCCUCUGUGCCCAAGCCAAAGAAAGGCCUGAAAGGUUUUUUCAGCAGUAUCCGCCGUCACCGGAAAAGCAAGGUCUCUGGGGCUGAACAAAAUAAGCUAGGGGCCAAGGGGUCUGAAGGGGCCAGAGCCAGGCCUCAUGAACAUGUAAGCUCAGCCCUUCUGCCCUGUGCUGAGGAUAUCCUCCAAGCCCACAGAAAGGAAAAUGCCAAAACCCAAGAUACCCCUGGGUCAAAAGUUUCUUUAGUACCAGAGUCUUCUCCAGCAGUCACUGAGAAGACAGCCUGUAAAGAUACAGAAAAACCCAUGGAGGGCUGUGCCUCAGCACUUCUGCAGUCCAAGUCUGCCUCUGAAGCCAGUGGCCCAGAGGAGCCCCACAGUCCAAAAACAGGGGAGAAAUUGGUAGCAGAAGAGGUAAAUCCACCAAAUGGCCCUGUUGGGGACCAGCUGAGCCUCCUGUUUGGGGAUGUCACAUCCCUGAAAAGUUUUGACUCACUGACAGGUUGUGGUGACAUCAUAGCAGAGCAGGACAUGGACAGUAUGACAGACAGCAUGGCCUCUGGAGGCCAGAGGGCAAAUCGAGAUGGGACCAAGAGAAGUUCAUGCCUGGUUACCUACCAAGGAGGUGGGGAGGAGAUGGCCUUGCCAGAUGAUGAUGAUGAGGAAGAAGAGGAGGAUGAGGAGGUAGAAUUAGAGGAAGAAGAAGAGGAUGUCAAGGAGGAAGAAGAUUAUGACUUAGAGUAUCUGUGGGCAAGUGCCCAGAUGUACCCAAAACCCAAUCUGCAUUUAGGCUACCAUCCCAUCACAUCUCCAGGAGAGCAUGGCUACAUGCUGCUUGACUCAGUUCAGUCUUAUCCUGGCUUAGCCCCUGGGGACCUUUUGACUCCUCAGAGUGACCAGCAAGAGUCUGCCCCCAAUAGUGAUGAGGGUUAUUAUGACUCCACAACACCUGGAUUUGAGGGUGAUUCAGGUGAGACCUUAGGGCUUGUCCGCAGGGAUUGCCUGCCCCGAGAUAGCUACAGUGGAGAUGCCCUGUAUGAGUUCUAUGAGCCAGAUGAUAGUCUUGAGGCCUCCCCACCUCUGGAUGACUGUCUUUAUGACCUCCAUGGUCGCAGCUCUGAAAAAUUUGACCCCUUCUUGAACUUUGAGCCCUUUUCUUCCUCUCGGCCACCUGGGGCAAUGGAGACAGAGGAAGAACGGCUAGUGACCAUCCAGAAACAGUUGUUAUAUUGGGAGCUUCGGCGAGAGCAGCUCGAGGUCCAAGAAGCUAAGGAGGCACGUGCCCGAGAGGCUCACACCAGGGAGUUUUAUACCCAAGAAACUCAUGCCAGGGAGACCCAUGCCCGAGAAGCUCAUGUCAAAGAGGCCCAAGCCCGAGAGGCCUAUGCCAGGGAGACCUGUGCUAGGGAAGCACAUGCCCGAGAGGCCCAUGCUCGAGAGGCUCAAGUCCGGGAGGUUCAGGCCUGGCAAGAGAAGCCCAUCAUGGAAUAUCAGAUGAGGCCCUUAGGCCCAUCAGUGAUGGGCUUAGUGGCAGGGACAUCAGGGGCCUCUCAGACUUCCCACCGGGGAACCACCUCAGCUUUCCCUACCACUGCAGGCAGUGAGCCAGACUGGAGGGACUUCCGUCCUCUAGAGAAACGUUUUGAGGGAAUCUGCUCCAAGAAAGAUCAAAGUACCUGUCUAAUGCAGCUCUUCCAAAGUGAUGCUAUGUUUGAGCCAGACAUGAAAGAAGCAAAUUUUGGAGGAUCUCCCAGGAAGGCUUACCCUACUUAUUCACCCCCUGAGGAGCCAGAGGAAGAAGAGGUUGAGAAGGAAGGGAAUGCCACUGUGAGUUUCUCACAGGCCCUUGUGGAGUUCACCAGCAGUGGAAACCUCUUCUCCAGCAUGUCCUGCAGCUCUGACUCUGACUCAUCCUUCACUCAAAACCUCCCUGAGCUACCCCCUAUGGUGACCUUUGACAUUGCUGAUGUGGAACGGGAUGGGGAAGGCAAGUGUGAAGAGAAUCCUGAGUUCCAGAAUGAUGAAGACCUUGCAGCCUCCUUGGAAGCUUUUGAGCUGGGCUACUACCAGAAACACACAUUCACCAACUACCACAGCCGAUUCUACCAAGGUCUGCCCUGGGGUGUGAGCAGUCUUCCUCGGUACUUGGGACUGCCUGGCAUGCACCCUCGACCUCCACCUGCUGCCAUGGCCCUCAACAGGAGAAGCCGCUCUCUGGACACUGCGGAGACCCUGGAGCUGGAGCUCUCAAAUUCCCACCUGGCCCAGGGAUACACGGUGUCUGAUGAGCUUCAGUUUCAGCAGGAAGAUUCAAAUGAAGAAGAAGAAGAAGAAGAAGAAGGAGGAGGAGGAGGAGGAGGAGGAGGAGGAGGAGGAGGAGAAUGGGGACGAGACAGUCCUUUGUCCCUUUAUACUGAACCACCAGCGGCCUACGACUGGCUUGCCUGGGCUCCCUGUCCUCUCCCAAUGGGGCCAGGCCCUGCCUGGAUAAGUCCCAGCCAAUUGGAUGAGUCUUCUGGCCCUUCUCCAUAUGGGCAGACAACCUGUUGCAUACCUCCUGUGGCCAUGUCAAUGUUGCUCUCAGUAUCAGGGCCAGAGCUAAGGGUACCUGGGAUAUCCAGGCCUCAGCUAGCUCGGCCUUCACACCUACCCCUUCCCAUGGUCCCUUGUUAUAACCUGCAGCCACAGGCCUCUCAGAAUAUGAGAGCCAGGCCUCAAGAUAUGCUGUUGCCUAUUGAUGAGCCCAGUUGCUCCUCCAGUUCUGGAGGCUUCAACCCCAGCCCUCUGUCCCAGGCCAAGCCUGUGGGCAUCACUCAUGGCAUCCCUCAGCUGUCCAGGGUCCAGCUUGAGCCCCAACAGCCUCAACCCAUUCACUACAGGGCUUCCAGCCUUGACCUGUCAAAGGAGAGGGCUGAGCAAGGUGCCUAUCUCCCCACCAGCUACUCCUCCACUGCUGUGAAUGGAAACCUAGCUGAGUAGUCAUCAUCUAUUCUGGAGUGGGGGCAUGGGGCCUAAGCAUGUGAUUGGGGAUCAGGGGUUGAGCAGAGGGGUGGGGGGUGGGGGUUGCUAUUUAACUUGAAAAUCCUUUUGGCCAAGGAAAGCUCCUAUGAGUUCUUGCCUUUGUUUUCCCACUUCCCUCUUCUGCCAAUCUGUGGUCACAUUCAGCUUGAGUACAUCUGCCCUGGGAGGCUACUGCUGCUCUGUGCUCCAGUUUUCCCUUUUGGAGUUUCUUGUUGCCCAUGCAGGAUUUGAGAUGCUGUACUUUUGUGACUAUUCCAGUUGCCCAGUUAGUGAUUAUAUAUAUAGCAUGCAUCCUUGACACAGGCUGACCCGUUAAUAUCCCUGCCACCCCCCCUACACACAGUGAAUGAUGCACCACUGAUGAGCAGCCAGGUCUGCACUGCUUCCCACUUAAGGACAGAGGGCUUGUUUGCUAUUAACAAUGUGAAAUAAUGGUACAGAUCCUCUCCACCCCCACUCCCUUCAGUCUUGGCAUAGCUGCCACCAAUACAUCAGAUGAUUAUAUAAUCUGUUCACCCCAGCUAGCUGCCCUUAGAGAGGAUCAAGUAGCAUAUGUCUUACUGCCUAUUGCUGUGGACUUUGGCAUCGUAACCAGAUGGGGGCCUUUUAACAUGGCCUAUGAUAACUUGGGUUGAAGGAAAAAAUUCUAAUCCCCUUAAUGGAGUGAUCAAAUUCAUCCAUUUGGAAACAGAAGGCAAAAUAGGGUUCUGUCGUAGAUACUGCCAUAAGUCUUGAGUUGUGGAAUGAUAGGAUUUUUUUUUCCUUCUUCCUCUCUUAAGCUUGUGACUGCCUGAGUUGCAGACACUUUUGAUUUUUUUUUUUGUAUCCAAAGGAAAUUUUCAUAAUCUCAUCACAAGGGACAUAGUCUUUUAAUUGAGACACAGGGAGAGAAGUAACCUAAACUAAGCUUGGCUAUAGGGGGUUGGGUUUUUUUGUGGGUUUCAGGGGAAGAAUAGGAAAAGGAGUUCCAUUUGUCCCAGUUGUCAGGAGAGAAUUUUAGACAUUGCAAAGCUCAAGGAAGCCUAGCUUCUUAGAAGAGAAAAUUCCUUUUCCCCAAAAAGCAAAAUUUCCUUAAGCCUUGCCCACCCCUUCAUUUGGUUGCUAUAAAGAGGCUCAGAGGCACCAGGCUAGCACUCUCAAGAGAUAGGAUACCAAAGGCAUCUAGGCUGCUGUUCUGGUCUCUCUAAAGAACUUUCAUUUUCCAAUUAGCAUCCUCAAAGGGCUGACCUUCAUGAGAGGAAAGACUGUGAUCUGUCCUCACUCUGCCAAGCUGCAGGUUUCUGAUUUGCAUGGGAAUUGCAGCCCUAUAUGGAGUGAAUGGUACACUCCCUUCUGUAUCCACAGUUUUCAUGUUUAACUAGCUUGGAAAUGCUGGUGUGGAAGAGUUGCUGUCAGGAAGGCAUUGCAAAAGGCUAAUCUAACCUGGCUCAACCUCUCAUUAAUCACCAGUAAGAGAGGGUUCCUUUUAAUUUCUUUAUUGGAAAUAGAAUAUAGAACAUGUUUUGCCUGGUUGUGUUGACCCAAAUUAUAAUCCUUGCCCCCCAACCCUGGCUCUGCUUAUCUCCAUGCCUGUUAAAAGGUCAACAGGGCUCUUGGGAACAGAGGCUGUUGGCCCCCUGAGUCAAGGUGACUUUAUGGGCAACUUCCCCUUGGCCAAGGAAUGUGUUUGUGCUGGUCUUUGUCACCACUUCUCAGAUUGGGGUUGGUAGUCUUCCUUCCCACAAAGAGUAAAUCUAUCUGAUAGAAGCUACACACCUGGAAGCACCACAAAAGUUGGCAUGACACCAACAGCACUGCUCAAGAGAGCCAGACCAGCUCUUCAGGCUAACUCUGUCUGUAUUGUGAAGAAAUACAUCCCUCAUGGAGUUAGAGAAAGAAAGAACAUGAGGAAGGCCCUCCUCACCCCAAGCACAGCAUUCCAGAAGAGAAAUGCCCAAAUUCCAACCAUUUUGCCUUUUACCAAAGUUUCCCUGGGAGGGUAGGGCUGAAGUAGGCCUGGCUGUUUGGCAGAAAAUACACCAAAUGCCUUUACAACAAGGGAAACCCUGCUACUUGCCUCCUCUCUCUCUGCUUGUCCUUCAGGGCAGUUAAAGCUCCUAUCUGUAUGUGGACUGUUCUAGCCAUAGCAGGUAGUAGAGCCAUCACCAGCCUUCAGAGUAUACUGGGCCACCAGCCCGUGAAAAGAAAAAGUAGGUGGUCAGCCUUUGGCCAAGGGCAGAGGGCUGCCCUCAGUGAAAAGAGGGCAACAAGACAUGCUGCCCCUGAGGGGAGAGGUCAUAGUCCUGAAACACAUUGCUUGGCUUUGGAAGGUCACGUAGCACAGAGUAGGGCCUAGAACUGAGCAACACCUCAUGGUUUGGACAACAUUACUGCCUUCAAGUCCUUUCAGUGUCCUAGCCAUCCCAAGGACACAAUCCUCACCACCAGAAGUGGGAUAGUCAAGGUGCAUGGCUGCAGAAGCAUGCUCCUUUGACUCUCACUCUGGAUCCAAGCAGUUCAUGGCCAAAUACCAGCUACAGCCUAGAAAAGGAAGGAAGAAAUGGCUGGGGACAUGGAAUGGCAGCACAGGGUGAUACUGGGAGAACCAAUCAAACUCCAGGCCUCUUCCCAAAGAUAGCUGGUGCUUGCUUGGCUGACAGCAAAUAUGCCCCAGAAUAUUAAAGGUGUUGAUGUCAAGUCCACAUCUCUUAGGCUGUGACCAGAUGAAUACCAUAUCUGCAUUGCAAGGUCCUGGGAUAAUGCUUGUGGAUGUGAUUUCAUGGGAAGAUAUGACUUGAGAGGAGGUGUCUGCCAUCAUCUUGCUACCCAGAAGGCUUUUCUAGUACCAGACAGCUCUGAUCCUGAGAAUUGUCAGAUGAGACCAGUCCUUGGAGAAACAAUGAUUGUGGAUAGAGAAGGUCACCUAUCAGGCUUCUUUAAGGGCCACCAGUCUCUCGGUGAUUUAGCGCCUUCAAGGAAGCCCUGAUUUGGGACACUCAGCUUGGGCACCUGUCCAUGAGCCUUCUGGGCCAAAGGCUUUGGUCAACACUAGUCUCUCUCCCUCCUCAGUGCUGUACCAAGCAGGGAAGUAGCUUCCUACACCCAAGGUGUGUUCCUCUCAUCCUGCUGCCAGCAACUCUCCCACCCUUCCCAGUGCCACCAUGCCACCUGCCCUUGGCCCCUGGGCCCAAUAGCUAGAGGGAGGCAUGGGGGAUUUAGCAGGGAGACUUCAAGUGUACCCAUGUGUAUGUUGCAUCCAAGUUUUACACACACACACACACACACACAUAUGUAUAUAUAUGUAUAUAUAUAUAUACAUAUAUAUAUACACAUGUAUAUAUAUAUAUGUAUAUAUAUAUAUAUAUCUCAAAAGUCAAUUAUCUAUUUUUGUAUUGUUUGCAUUUUAUAUUCAUGGAAAACAAUGUUUAUCAAUUGUUCUUUUCUGAUUUAUUUUUAAGCGGUGCUGUUUAUAGUUUUAAACAAAACAAAGAUGACACAAAAAUUGUUGCUGCUUGUGCAGAGGGCUGGCAUCUCAACUGCCUAGGGCCCUCCCUCUUUCCUCUCCCUUCACCCCAAUGUAUCUUACUGUCCACCCCCUCCCUCCUUCAUAGGAAUGGCAAAUAUGCCCAGGUACGAUGACAAAUGCCAGAUGUUUCAGGCAUGAGGAACCUGGUAAAUAGCAUAUUGUUUUAUGGCUUUAUUUUUUCUUUUGGGCCCUGCCCCUUCCCCAUGUGUAGACCUUCUGAAAGUACCCAUCUCUCACUCUCCCUCUUUUUCUCUCCCUCCUUUUUUAUAUUUUGUGCUUUCAUUUUGAGAUCAGAGUGACCAUGUUGUACUAUUUACCAUGUUGAGUUUCUCCAAAGGAAGCAUUUUGGGGGCAUUUUCCACCCAGUGGGAAGGACAUGGAGUUUCUAUCAUGUCCUUUCUCCCUAAGAAGCUGGGGAGACAGAGGGCAAUGGUGCUUUAACAACUAGGAAUUAGCCAUCUCAUUGAGGAAAUCCUUGCAUGGGACUUCCCAAGAACUCAAUUGAUUGUGACAUUUGCCAGAAGAUAUGUUGGGAAACUCCUUGACCCCUCUUGCUGCUUUGGGGGUAUUUAUCCCCCUACCACCAUCCCCUCCUGCCCUGUCCUGCUCCAGUUCACAUACAAAUGGUAUUUCGGGGAACAGUGACCAUCAGGGUGAUGGCUUGCUGGCCUGAUUCCCACUUUUCUAUCCUACAGUCACUCCAAAGAAGAAAAUCCACGUGGCAUGUAUAUGUGUGAUGGUUGGGCCUACGGAGAGGCAGGACUUUAUUUAAUUAUUAUUCUUGUUACUAUUGGUGCUUAUUUCCCCUGCUGUAUAUAGGGGCGGGGUGGAGAAGAAACCAGGAAUGUAUAUUUAGGUCACAUUAAAUAAAAUGGCUAGAGGACAGAGGGAAGAAAUUGGUAACUGCAGUACAUCCCCACCCCAUGUAUAAGAGUUUUUUCUCUCCCAGUGUAAAAUGGGGAGCAUGGCCCCUGUGAAUACCCUAGCUUCCCCUUCCCUAUUCCUUGAGACAUCACAGGAUUGUCUGGAUUGUGACCUCUCCAAUCCUAGCUCUCCUUGACACCUAGAUAUCUUGAUACACUGCCUAUUUGUAAUAAUAUAUAUUUCUUUUGCUGAAUGCUAAUAAACUGGGUUCAAGAAGAACCCCCCCCCCAGUCAAAAAAAAAGUGAAUUCUUCUGGUUUGUUCCACAGCAGCAUGCCGUGACCCAUGGUUGUUGGGGUUAUCCUUGAAGGGAAAUGGAGAAAGCAAGGAGGUUGAUGGGGGGUGGGAAUCACCCAGCAGGGGAAAUAGAAGCCAGAGCUGAAACUAAAAGUAGAGGAAACUUCAGUUCUUUAUCCAAGUCAUGCUCUGCAUCUCUCUGAUGCUGUGUUGGUAAACUCUCCAUCACACUUUGCACAUUUUGAGAACUUCCAGGGAUUUACUAGCACUUCUAAAACUGGCCUCAGUUCAUGCAAGUGUGCUGGCAUCCCCAUCAGCUAGGAGGUAGAGGUGUGGACCUACUACUGAUGGCUUCAUGAAAAGAAUUCGUCUAAAUAGUGGGAUUCUCCAGCCAAGCUGCAGGAAUGGCAUUCUUUACCCAAGUUUAUGGACAGAGAUACUGGCUGGGCAGCUGCCUGCUCCACCUAUUCAGGUGUGGGGCUGAGUGGGAAGCAUGUGUCUCGCCCUUCGCUCCUGAUAAGAAAGGGCUUCUGACACCUGCUAGUGGGCUCCCUUGAGUUCUUCCCAAUUGCCAUGUCCAAGCCAGAAGGCCUGAAAUAGUAGCUGCUUGAAACUGCUAUAGACUGUAGACAGUGCUGCCAAAGACACAUAAGAAAGCCCCUUGGGAUCCUUCCCCAGACUAGCAGAGAAGUUUGGUGGCCCCCAGUACCUCAUGAAUCAAGAAAAGCCAAAAUAAAAGCAGUUUAACAAGAGAGAAAUGAGAGAACCUCCUGGAAUGGGAGUUAAUAAUUUGUAGAAGUUGAAUUCUCUGUCACGGACUGCUCAUGGAAGGAAGAGGGCCAUGGUUGCUCAGAGAAAUUUUGGAGCAAGAUCUAGGAAGAUCUUAUUACAUCCAAUGGAAAUUCAAGGGGUUGUGUAGUAUGGGAGGCCUCGAUUUCUGCCCUAAUUUUCAUCCCUCAUCAUCAGCUGGGCUUGGGCAAAACCCUUCUUCUGAGUCUCAGUUUCCCCAUCAACAAUAUAUGGGUGGCAUGGGCAUAGAUUUGACUAGUUUCCAUAUGCAGGUCAGAAGAUUGGGCUACCAUAGAGUAACCCAUGGAACCUUUUCAACUGCCAAAGUUCAGCACUCCCCACCCCCUUCUAGCUCAGUUGGCCUGGAGUGGAAUUCUUUUCUGUGGUGCGGUGCCCCCACAUGAUUCUGGUGCAUUGCACCUGCUGAACAAGAUGAUUUGGUAAGAGCUCCUCCCUUUCUGCUGUAACUGAUGGCUGCCUUCACUGUGAUCCUCUGGGGAGUCCUUUGCAAUACUGGAAGGGGAUGUUGGUGGAGGUAACCUCCUAAUACCUUCCUUAGAUAACUAAGGAAACCACCUUGAUCAGCUCCAGUGCUGUUCUUUGGUCUGCUUAAGGGCUGGGGUUGUACCUAGUGAACAGACUGCCUUUGUUCUUAGUUUCUGUUUAGAGCAUAUGUAGACCCAACAGAUUAGAUACCUUUGUACAAGCCUUUUGGGGGAUGCUGCAGACAAGCUGCUAGCUCCCCACUGUCCCCACCCACAUCGGGCUUGGGCCUUACUGACCACGUUCUUUCUCUGUAUAAUUCCUACACUUCAGCUGAGCUGCAUGGCUUCUGGGAUUCAGACCUAGCUAAUAAAAGCAAGUGACUUGAGGGUAGCACUUUCUAAUCUGCAACCUCCUUCCAUCUCCAUUGUCUUUUUAAAAGGCCCCUGAAACAGGUUGGCAGAGCAGAUGAUCUCAUCCCCACUUUACCAAGGUAGGAAUGGAGCCAUAGACAAGUGAAAUGACUUGGUAAUACAGAACAUUGACUGUGAGUCAAAGUGAGAAAGAGAGAAGGUAGGGAUAGAAGAUGUGGUGGAAGAGAAAGAUUACUAUUAAUAAUUCCUCAAGCACCGAAUUAAUAAUAUCAUUGAUAUGUGCCACACUAUCUUGUGUAAUCCAUGCCUGAACUCUAUGAGGUUAACAUUGUUAUGCACAUUUUAAGAUGAGAAAACUGAGCCUCAGAAAGGUUAAGACCCUUGGCAAAUUUCACACAGCCAGCUAACUGGACUCUAAAUCUCCUGCAUUUUCUAUCACACUUGUAGUGAAGCUUCUAGUUAGCUUCACAUCAGGGAUGGCCAUGGUGGAUCCCAGAAAUGCCCCCAGCAGCAGGCCCAAAGUGAGAGCAUCCUAAAGCUAAAAGAGACCUUUGGAUACCUCCUUAUUCCACUGUGUCCAGGCAGAUCUCCCAGCUCUAAGCCAAGAUUAGAGGCCUUUGUCAGUCCAGGGAGGGACUCCCUUCCCCCACUCCCACCCCCAGACUUGGAUCUCUGAGAAUUGUUCCCAGCCAGGUAGGCCCGCUUAAACCUGCUAAUAAGCAGCCUGGGAAAGGCUGAACAAGAUGAAUAUGAUGAAUAGCAGAGUGAGUCAAUAAAUAUGAGCACUUAGAUGCCUGGAGAAUGGGCCUCCCACUUCUCAGACCUCCACCAUCAAUUGGAUCACUGCCUCAUGAAGAGCUACUUAAUUAUAAAUCACUUAAUGGCCACAGUAGGAAAUAGUCUCAUUCUCUGGGAGAAUAACUGCCAUCUGAUGGACUCUUGAAGGCUGUUCUCCUCUGCUUCUUCAGUUUCUUUCUUGCUUUUCCACCUUCUCUCUCAGGAUACCUGAGCACAUUUCCUAUAUUGUUCUAAUACAUGGAACAUCGGAUGAGAUUUCCCAAGGGUUCCUGUGCAGUACCCAUUGCUAACAGGAAAUGGGUGCUCUGCCUGGCCACAAAUGCCAUGAUUAAAAGUAAUGUUAUUCAAGAAAACAAAAAUGGAAUGUGCAUCUAUCUCUGUCUAUAAACUCAGAUGUAUGUAGGCAAUAAAUACUCCUUUUAUUUUG